AUGAAAUACGAGACACUUAAACAGGCUAUUAUUCAGCGAAUCACGCCUUCUGACAAGGUCCGUCUGCAGCAGCUAUUUAGUGAUCUGCAGCUAGGAGGUAGGAUGCCCUCAGCCUUGUUGCGCGAAAUGCAACAGCUCAUCGGCACGUCCAACAUGGACGUAGGGAUUCUCCGCGAGCUGUGGAUGCAACGCCUUCCUGAAAGCACACAGGCUAUCCUUGCAGUAGCAAGUGACUUGCCCAUCACAGCAAUUGCAGAUCUAGCAGACCGCGUCAUCGAACGGCACCAGCCAGAGACUGAAACCAAAGCACUUAAGCAGCUUUGCGCUGGCGCAACCACAACGACAGGCGCGACUAGCCCUCCGUCGGCAAUAGACGCAUUAUCAUUGCAGAUAGCGUCGCUUCAGCGCCAGAUCAAAGAACUCACCUUAAAACGUAAGCACCGCAACCGCUCUGGAUCAUCGCACCGUCGCACAAAACCUGAUGCCUCAGGUUACUGCUUUUACCACUCGCGUUUCGGUACUAAAGCCCGUAAGUGCGUACAGCCGUGUAGCUACUCCGCUAUAGAUGAUCCGCCACGCCGGCCUGUAAUGGCCACGAACGUCAGCAAAGCUCAAAGUCGUCUCAUCUACAUUAGGGAUUAUGACUCCGAUACCCAGUUCUUAGUUGAUACCGGGGCGGAAGUCAGCGUCAUUCCCCCUAUGCCAGGUGAGCCUACCGCUUCUCUGUCGACAAGUCUCAGUGCCGCCAAUGGCACACCAAUAGCCACCUAUGGUCAUCGGUCACUUACCCUGGACCUAGGUCUUCGGCGCACUUUCCGCUGGGUAUUCACUGUCGCUGCAGUCCCCUUUGCCAUCAUCGGCAUUGACUUUCUCAGGCAUUUCGACCUCUUGGUCGAUGCGAAACGCCAGAUGAUAGUCGACACUGCAACAAAACUCAGCGUACGUGGCAGCACCGCCGAUGUGACAUCUAUAUCCCCGGUCUAUGCAUUUCCCCAGACCUCGUCAGCCUACGCUAAUCUCCUUUCUCAGUAUCCCAAGCUCGUUCAGCCAAUGAACGCAGCUUUGCCCGUGGCAGCUCAAGUCACGCACCACAUACGGACGAAUGGCCCACCUGUGUCAUGCCGUCCACGCCGACUAUCGCCUGAGAAACUAAAGGUAGCUAGGGCGGAGUUUGAGCACAUGCUUGAACUUGGAAUAAUCCGCCCUUCCGAUAGCCCUUGGUCCUCGCCCCUGCAGAUGGUCCCCAAGAAAUCUGGUGACUGGCGCCCUUGCGGUGAUUACCGCGCACUCAAUCGCCUAACCGUCCCAGAUAGGUAUCCCAUCCCACACAUGCAGGACCUUACCGCAUGCCUCACAGGUAAGACGAUCUUCAGCAAGAUCGAUCUGGUUCGCGCCUAUCACCAGAUACCUGUGGAAGACAAUGACAUUCCUAAAACAGCCGUCAUCACUCCUUUCGGUUUGUUUGAAUUUUUAAGGAUGCCAUUUGGACUGUGCAACGCCGCACAAACCUUCCAACGCUUCAUCCACGAUGUCACUCGUGGCCUUGACUUCGCAUAUUCCUACCUCGAUGAUAUCUUAGUAGCCAGUUCAUCGGAACAAGAGCACCUCGAGCAUCUUCGAGCUCUCUUCCAGCGCUUGACCCAACACGGUGUCACAGUCAACCCGACUAAGUGCGAACUCGGCAAAUCAACGGUAGAAUUCCUAGGCCACCUGUUUCAUCGUCUGGUAUCGAAGUCCUUCCUGAUAAGAUCCAGGCAAUCAAGGACUUCCCAGCUCCGACUUCCUUCAAGCACCUCCGUCGAUUUUGUGCUCAUGCAGCCACUGACUGACUUACUCAGAGGAAAUGAACGUAAGUUCGCUUUCCCUGACACAGCACAGGCAGCCUUCGCCGAGCUCAAGGAUGCUAUCUCCAACAUAGCCCUCCUCGCUCAUUUGGAAUCGACUGCACCUCUUUCUAUUACGACUGAUGCCUCAGACGUCGCGGUAGGAGCCGUCCUCCAACAACACGUUGGUGGGCACUGGCAACCCCUUGGGUUCUUCUCCAAGCGCCUGCAGCCAGCGGAAUCCCGCUACAGCACGUUUGGCAGAGAACUGCUCGCCAUUUACCUAGCAAUACGUCACUUCCGGCACACACUUGAAGGCCGCGCUUUCACGGUCUACACUGACCACAAGCCCCUUAUCUUCGCCUUCAACUCUGCUAGCGACAAAUACUCACCACGGGAAACAAGACACCUAGACUUUGUCACGCAGUUCACUGCUGACAUACGUCAUGUCUCAGGUGUCGACAAUCCCGUCGCCGACGCUCUCUCACGCGUCAACCUCACUCUGCAGUCUUUGCCUACCGUCGACCUUGCCGCAAUGGCAUCGGCUCAGGCUCAAGACGAAGAUAUACAGCGCACUCUGCAGUCCACUUCGCUGCAUGUGCAACCUGUUCCUCUCCAAACCACGGAAGGAACCAUCUCUGUGACACUUCCACAGGUUGUCCUAGACCUCUCGUGCCCGUCUCCUUCAGACGCACAGUCUUCGACGCACUGCACUCACUGUCACAUCCCGGUAUCCGUGCAUCUUUGA